UUAAUUGUCGUUGGUAUCCUGUUGAGCGCUGUUGCAAGAACAUUAAUUCCAAACUGGUUGGAAAGAAUCAACAGAAGAUUUAGCCGCUGGGCCAACAGAAUAGGAGAAAGAACACCAUUGCUUUCUUAAUAAACAAGAUUCGAAGUGUAACGUUACCUGACGAUGUUUAAAUGCGCCAUUUUCUGUUUUUCUUCUUUCUUUCCUUUUUUUUUUCUAUAUUUAUUUAUGAUGAAAAAGUCGAAUGAGUUUUCUAUUUCUUUAGGCGAUAAAAAGUAUUAUUUCCCAGGAGAGACACUUCAAGGGCAAAUCAUACUCGAUCUAUCAAAAUCAAUUGACGUCCAACACAUUACGUUGACCUUCAAAGGACUAAUUGAAGGACAAGGAGAGAGGGUGGUGUUGAUGAAUGAGUCCAAAGUAUUGGCUUUACCAAAGAAAGCAGGACAAAAAUACAGUGUCUUUAGUGGUAAUCAAAUCCAUACAUUUGAUUUUGAAUUCAAGAUACCCGACAACAACAACUUGCCAAGUUCGGUUAAGAUACCAAAAGUAGUGGAUAUAAGCUAUACAUUAACAGCUGUUCAUAAGAAACCAAAGCUCAAGUUAUCCUCUACUCUUCCAGCCGCCGUUAAGAAAAUCAAAGUGUUAGAUUUAAUCAAUAUCGAACAACUUGAUUUUAAAAACGAAAUAAAUACCUGUUGUGACAUCGGUUUCCUCAACAAUGGUCUAUUGACUCAGUGGAAUAUCAAAUGCCCAAAAUCUGCUUUCACUCCUGGUGAUAUCAUUCCUAUUGACUGCAACAUGCGUCAUUUCCCUCCAAUGGACAAAGCCAAAGCCUUAAAAGUAUCCUUGGUUCAAGUCAUUUACAAGACAAAUAAUCCCAAGAUUAUUGAUAAAAGAGUCAUAGUAGACUCAUGUGUAGAUAUCAACACAACCGAUGGUUCCUGUCAGUCCUCUACAGUGUCAUUAAAGAUUCCUCCAAACACACCACCCACCAUAUUUCCACUAAAUGGUAGAAUCAUCAGUGUAUCUUAUUUUUUGAAAGCAGAAUUAAACAUGAAGGGCGUAAAAUCAACAAUACAGUUCCAAGAGACCUACUCCCAGGAAUCGAUUAUACUUAUCGGUACAUAUCCAACAUCCAAUGGACUAAUUGACUGGGUGGAUGAUAAACUAGAGGAAACGACAGAAUAUUCCUCAAGUAAGCACAGAGAUAAUGAGCCCACAUAUUGCCAACUUUUCAAGGCUUUCCUUGGACUCCAUUGCUGUUAAACCAAUUUUAGAAGAAAAAAGUUUUCUUUGUAGUGAGCCCGGCGAACUGGAUUUGCCUGUGCUUUCUUCAAAGAGCGUUGACAGAAAAGUUCAAAGACGAUACACAGACGGACAUAAAUCAACACCUAAUUUGCCAGCACCAGAUUACUAUCGAUC